AAACAUUGAAUUUCAUAUAUAGUUUAGAAUGAGUCGUUCACCAGUAUAACCGACCAUCAAAAUAACACAAAAUCAAUUCCAUAUCAAGUCAAAUUCAUCUUGCAAGCACAACAUAUUUUGAGGUUUCAAACAGGUACUCGUUUACCAGAAGUAGGAAGAGUUGGUCACCAAUAUACCCCAUCCUUUCUUUUGUCUCUUUCCUCUUCCCAUUUCCCUACAAAAGCCACUCACGUCUCUUCUAAUUCUCAACCUGGACAAACCAAUUAAACACCAUCAGAACAUACAACUCUUAUUGGCGCUUUGAGCUUUUUCUAUAUUCAAGAAAAAACCAAUCUUAAAAGAAUGGCACAAAGAAGUUUCUUCAUCCUUGCUGUUGUACUAGCCACAUCGUGUUGGGCAAUGGUGGCUGCACAGCAGAGUUGUACUAAUGCACUGGUGGGCAUGUCACCAUGCCUGAACUACAUCACCGGAAAUUCCUCCAGUCCAUCUUCAGGAUGCUGCUCUCAGCUCGCCACAGUAGUCCGCUCUGAGCCACAGUGCUUGUGUCAGGUCCUCAAUGGCGGUGGCUCUUCACUAGGCAUUAAUAUUAAUCAAACUCAGGCUUUGGCACUCCCUGGUGCCUGCAAUGUCCAGACUCCUCCACUUAGCCGCUGCAAUGGAGCUGCUUCUCCAUCAGACUCUCCAGCAGGAACACCAGUUUCAGAUACUCCAAACACUUCUUCAGGAACUGGAUCUAAAACCGUACCAAGUACUGAUAAUGGCACAUCUUCUGGAAGUUCCAUCAAGAUUUCAACUCCAAUGUUCUUCUUUGCUCUUCUUGUGGCUGCAUAUACUUCAGCCUUUGCAACACACUGAUUCUUUCCAGUUUAGUCUGUACUUCAGAGUUCCCAGAACUCUUAUACAUAGAUGUUGUGAUUGUAUUCUUCAUUUGUUCUGAUCUAGAUUUAGAGAGGUGUGCAGUGUUAUUUAUUUUGAAACCCUACUUAGGGUUUAUCAUUGUUUUGUAUUUACUGAAGAGACCAGUUGAUGCAUACUCUCUUCUAUAUUUAAUAAAAGUGUUGUGGUUUGCGACUUA